UUCCGGGGCGCGGGCCGGCCCUGGCGGAGGCGGGAAGGCUGGAGCCCGGAAGGCUGGAGCCGGCGCUGAGCCGGGCCGGGGCCGCUGCCGCUGCCAUGGAGAGAAAUGGUUUUGAAGACAUGUUAUCACCACUCGAGGCAGAGAUGGUCAGAUCAGGACGUAAGCAAGGCUCUCAGAAAAGAGUUUCUAUUCUCACAUCCCUGGAUGACACUAUUGGAAACAUGACACCCAGAAGCCAGUUUCUUUCCCGAACUCCUAAUUCGUUGCUUCACCAGCCAGGUACUGCACUACAUCGGAGCUCCAUGAAGCCAUCAGAUAUGUCUGCCAUCCUGGGAACAGGAGGGAAAUCUCCUCUGAUUCUACCAACUUCUGGGCUUUUCGGCAAUCUGUCCAUGUUGGAUGAAAGUAGCUGGACAAUGGCACUCUCGCCUCAGCAGACAGGAAUGUUUGUAAAUCCAGACCUGUCCAAUAUGACAGAAGAUGUCACUAUGAGUGCUGUACUGUUGCGUGAGGAUGAUCCCGGGGAAGCUGCUACUAUGAGCAUGUACUCAGAUUUUCUGCAUUCCUUCCUGAAGCAUACCUCAACUACCAUUUUUGAUCUUGUGGAUGAGUAUGAAAAUAUUUGUAACAGUCAGGUGAAUAUACUGGGGAAAAUAGUUUAUCGGGCAACUCCUGGACAGCAAAAGUUUUCCAAAACUGCCAGUGUCUUGUGGCUUCUUAAGCAGGAGAUGGUAACUUGGAGACUGUUGUCCUCGCUUUAUAGAGACAGAAUACAGUCUGCACUGGAAGAUGAAACUGCAUUUGAUAUCACAGUUUUAACUGCUAGUGAAAAAACAAACGUAGACAACUUGUUUCAGAAAGAUUCACUUGUUCGACAAAGUCAGCUGGUGGUAGAUUGGCUAGAGAGCAUUGCUAAGGAUGAAAUUGGGGACUUCUCCGAUAAUAUUGAGUUUUAUGCAAAAACAGUAUAUUGGGAUAACACACUGCAUACCCUGAAGCAGCGACAGUCAAGUACAUACACUGGAAGUUCUCGAGCUCUGGUAACAGAGUUGGAUCCAGAUGCUCCUAUACGACAGAAACUGCCACUUGAUGAUUUGGACCGAGAAGAUGAUGCAAGGUUAUUGAAGUAUCUCUUCACUCUCAUCAGAGCAGGAAUGACAGAUGAGAAAGGAAAAGAGCUGGAGCCUGUUCAAGGCAAUCCAUACAGGUGCAUUUGGAAAAUUUGUUGUUGGCGUAUGGCUGAAGAGGAGCAGUUUAAUAGGUAUGAAAGAGCAAUCUAUGCAGCCCUGAGUGGAAACCUCAAACAGCUUCUUCCAGUUUGUGAUACCUGGGAAGAUACUGUCUGGGCAUAUUUCAGGGUCAUGGUGGACACCCUAGUUGAACAGGAAAUACGAACCUCCGUGGUAACUGCAGAGGAGAUCGAAGAACUCCCUAGAGACUAUUUAGAAACAAACUGGACUUCUGAAAAGGUUUUUGAAGAACUUCAGGCAACAGACAAAAAGAGGGUUAUAGAGGAGAAUCAAGAACACUAUCAUGUGAUUCAGAAAUUCAUUAUACUGGGAGAUGUGGAUGGUUUGAUGGAAGAAUUCAGCAGGUGGCUUUCCAAAGACAGAAGUGUGCUCCCAGGACACCUCCUUCGUUUCAUGACGCAUCUUAUUCUGUUUUUCCGCACGCUGGGUAUGCAGACUAAGGAGGAAGUUUCUGUUGAAGUCCUAAAGACCUACAUUGAGCGGAUGGUAUCUGAGAAGCACACAGACUUAAUAGCAUUUUAUGUGAGCCACCUGCCCCCAGAGCUCGCCGUUGCUCAGUACGCUUUAUUCCUUGAAGAUGUUACUGAAAGCGAUCAACGCCACCACUGCCUUGAGUUGGCAAAAGAUGCAGGUCUGGAUGUUGCAACCAUAACAAAAACUGUUGUUGAAAACAUCCGCAAGAAGGAUGCUGGUGAAUUCAGUCACCAUGACCAAAUGCUAGAUACAGGCACAACAGAGGCAGAUCAGCUGAAAAUAGAUGUGAUUGACUGGCUCGUAUUUGAUCCUGCACAGAGGGCAGAAGCACUUAAGCAAAGCAAUGCAAUCAUGAGGAAGUUCUUGGCAUCCAAGAAACAUGAAGCUGCAAAAGAUGUGUUUGUGAAGAUUCCCCAAGAUUCUAUAGCAGAAAUAUAUAACCAAUGGGAAGAACAGGGAAUGGAUACUCCACUUCCAGCUGAAGAUGACAAUGCUAUACGGGAACAUUUAUGUAUUCGUGCGUAUUUGGAAGCCCAUGAAACCUUUAACGAAUGGUUUAAACACAUGAACUCAGCUCCACAGAAGCCAUCUUUGUUACCACAAGCAAGUUUCACUGAAAAAGUGGCCCAUGAACAUAAAGAAAAGAAGUAUGAGAUGGAUUAUGGCAUUUGGAAAGGCCUCUUGGAUGCUCUUACAGCUGAUGUUAAGGAGAAAAUGUAUAAUGUGUUGCUGUUUGUUGAUGGAGGAUGGAUGGUUGAUGUCAGAGAGGAUGCCGAGGACGACCCCGAACGAACACAGCAGAUGAUUUUGCUGCGUAAGCUAUGCCUGCCAAUGAUGUGCUUCUUACUGCACACAGUGCUGCACAGCACAGGGCAGUACCAGGAGUGCCUGCGCCUGGCGGACAUGGUCGCUUCUGAGCGGCACAAGCUUUACACGGUAUUUUCAAAAGAAGAACUCAGAAAACUUCUGCAGAAGCUGAGGGAAUCUUCUCUGAUACUUCUGGACCAGGAUCUUGAUCCUUUGGGAUAUGAAAUUCAGUCAUAGGUUUUCGUGUCGAUACCUACAAAAACUUCUGAGCAUGGACAUUCUGGUUACAUUAAAAAAACAAACCAACAAAACCAUUACUUGGACAAAUUGUUCUGAUUUUUUGGGGGGAAACCUCCAACUCUCAGAUUUCAAUGUAAACUUGAAAAAUUCUGACCAACUUCAGAGAUGUUAUUUGUUAAACAACCUUUUUCAUAAUUUUUUUUCCUAAUAAAAGUGCUUCAAAAAGA